AAAGAACUAUAAUGGUUCAGGAAUCCUCUCUUUAUUGCGUGCCUUGAUGAUAUCCAGAAUUAAUACAUGAGAGAUACCAUUGCCCGGCCUAGCUCCUCUUGAAUUCGCAUCCUAUAUAUAUAUAUGGCUGUUUGAUCUAUAGCUUCUUAAGACCAACACCAUCAAAGCAGCAAUUCAAAAAUGAGCAAUUCAAGCAUAUCCAGAGGAGGGAGCCUUAUGGGGGCGGCAACGAUGAGCAAUAACGUCUGCCUUCCACCAAGAUCCAUUGGUGGUUAUACAGGUGACCUGAUAGGGGCAAGAGCGAGUUGCGGUGUUCCAGUCCCACGUAGCUUUGUUAAUGGUUACAACUACCCAUGGAUCCAUGGGUGCUCUUCUUUCGGUCCUUCCUUCAGGUCAAAUAUCCCUCCACAACAAUCCAUGCAAGGGAACUACACGGGGGCAAAUACGAGUCUUAACCCAGAAAGUGGCCUUUUAGGAGCAGAAUUGAGUUAUCAGACUCCUUACAAUAAUUCAAUGUAUGCUGCCUUCCAUUACUCCAGCAAUGCUUAUCCACUUUCUGGAUACCCAGAAAAUGAUCUUAUAGGAGCACAAAUAAGCAAUCAUACUGCUCACCCCAAUUAUCCAACAUAUGUUGGCGUCCAGCCCAUCAAUACUCAUCCAGUUCCAACAGUUGGGUGGGCUUCCAGGAUCAGAAAUGAGUUUUCAGAACGUGACCUUUUAGGAGCACAAAUAAGCAAUCAUACUGCUCGCCCCAAUUAUCCAACAUAUGUUGGCGUCCAGCCCAUCAAUGCUCAUCCAGUUUCUACAGUAGGGUGGGCUUCCAGGGUCAGAAAUCAACUUGGGAGUAGCUAAUAUAUAAGUCUCUAGGGUUCUUAUAGUUGCGAAAAAAAAUAAAUGAUGGAGAUGUAUUCAAGAGUGAAAUUUUAAGAGAAAGAAAGGAUCAGUGGUUCUGGUUAAGAGGUUUACUGGUGCGGGUUUAUGCAAGAGUUUAUGGAAGAUCAUAAUAUGUGGUGUACUGUGGGUUCUAUUUAUUAUAUUAAAUGUAAUAAUUUCAGGUCAAAAUCUUAAAUUUUCAGAUAUUGUUUGGAUGUUAAGGCAUGUUUAUUUUUUGAAUUUUCUUAAUGUUAACGUAUUC